AUGGGUGGUGAGUUUUACGUGGUCACUGACCCUAUUGAUAAUGCGGCUGACCCCAAGUCUGGAACUCUUCAUCAUGUUCUCACCAAAACCAGACCACUUUGGAUCACUUUCAAAGGGUCGAAGACCAUCGAGCUAGAACAUGAGCAUAUUGUUACAAGUGAUAAGACCAUUGAUGCGGGGGGAGCCAAUGUGGAAAUUUGCAAUGGUGCUGGUAUUACUGUCCAAUUUAGGAAGACUAUCAUUUGCCAUGGCCUCCAAAUCCAUCACAUUAUGCUCGCCAAGGGUGGCAAGAUCAAAGAUGGUGAAAACCACCUUGGGUUACAGAGUGCCAACAACAGUGAUAGGGUCUCUAUUCUCGGAACAACCAACAUUUGGCUCGACUAUCUUUCCCUUCACCAUUGCGCCUAUGGUUUUAUCGAUGUCAUUCAAGGUUCCACUGUCGUUAUCAUUUCUAACUGCCACUUCGGUUACCACGACAAUGUGAUGUUGUUCGGAGCAAGUGACUCCUACAAUGCCAACGAGAAGAUGCAGGUUCCUGUAUGCCAUUGGUGGCACCAACCACCCUACACUUAUCAUCCAACACAACAGGGUGACGACUUCAAGAAUAGUGCCUUUUUUACUCCAUCGAGUAAUCCGAGUGCUAGCAAGCAAUUUGGUGCUGACAAAAUGAUGCCUUUCAAACCCGGUCAAAUGGUCCCCGAACUCACAAAGUAUGUCGGACCAGUCAGCUACACAAUCGGUCAUCCUUGCUAA